GCCCGUGAGCGGCGCGCGCGGGGACCGCUGGCCGCCGGCAGCCCGCUGCCGUCCAGGAGGGACCACCGCAGGGCGCACAAGGCCCCCGCCGCCCUGGAGCCGCCCCAGCCGCCGCAGCAGCAGCGGCGCCGCCCCGCGCCGCCGCCCGCUGCCGCGGGCCCCCCGGACGUCGGGCAGGCCGCCAAGAGGCCCUCGGCGCCCGACCCUGCCGUGCGCAGGCGCCCCCAGGCCAGCAGGAAGGCCCCGCCGAAGCGCCUCGUCAGCCUGCCAUCUAGCCUGGACGAGCUCUCCAAGCGGGGCCGCGCAGGCUGCUCCUGGCAGAGCCCGCUGGACGAGGGCGGCGGCCCGCUGGCCGCCCGAGGCAGCAUCGGCUCUACUCCUGAGCGUGGCGCGGCGGCGGCAAGAGUGGCUGCCGCCGCAGGCAGCGCCAUUGGCCCCGCCGAUGCUGGGGUCGCCUUCGCCGUGGCUCUGACUCGCCCCGCCUGGCCCGAAUCAGAGGAGCGCGCCUCGUGCCCCGCGGGGUGGCCCGCCUCGCAGGGUCCGCCGGCAGCGCGGGCGGAGCAGCAGAAGGCGCGCCGCGGCUCCGAGGCAUCGGGCGCCUCCGGCGCCUCGUGCGUCUCGGUCAGGCCGGGCGAUCAGCCGACCCCAGAGCCUGGCAGGGUGGACUCGGAGUGCAUCUCCGAGACAGUCUCGCGGCUGUCCUUCACGUCGUUGUGCGACUCGGAGUGGCGCGUGUCGAGCCAAGGCACUAUGUCGGCCACGCUGUCGACGAGCCGCCGGGGCUCUUUUGGGUCCGCGGGGAGCCCCAGGACCUCGUUCUCCAGCGCCGUCUCCGAGGGCUUCCCCCCGGUGGAGGUUGUCCCGACGAGUCCAUCGAGGGCGGUGUCGGUCACGCCGAGCCUCGGCCACUCCAUCAGCAUCUUCUCCCUGCAGGCGCGAUCCACGACGCCUGGCACGCCUGGCAAGAGGGUCGUCAAGCCGAACAAGACUCUGCGGCCUGGCGGUCGCCGUGCUGCUACUGGCUCUGCUGGGAGUACUCCUGUGCAGCCUGAGGUGCACUGCAUGGACCAGUCAGACAGCGAGGGAGAAUACGACGAGUCGCACGUGCGGACCAUAUGCUUCGAAGUGGUCAACGAGCGCCUCAACGUUGUGCAGCAGGAGGUCGACAGGAUCGUGGGCACGGCCGUCAAGUCUGCGAUCUCAGAGGAGACGGAGACGAUCACCAGCGCUUUCAAGUCGAAUUUCGACAAGUGCAUGGCGGCUUGCAAGAAGGACAUGGACGAGUUCCCGAAGAAGAUGGACAAGCACAUUAUGGCGGUGGUCACGCCCAAGCUCGACGCGCUGCGCACAGAGGCCAUGCAGCGGUGCGACGAGAUUCGUGGCGAGAUUCAACAGGUUGAUGCGCGUGUCUCAGAGCAUGAUCGACUCCUGGGGAUCAUGCAGUCCCAGAUCCAGCAGCUGCAGCAGGCACUGGUCGUCGCCAACUCGCAGCAGCCCGCGCCGAAGGCGUUGGCGAGCAGCGCCUCCUUCGAGAGGGAGAUCGACGCGACGGUGGUCAAGAUCAACGCGGGCAGGCCCGCGCGGUCCGAGGAGGCGCGCAGCGUCAUCACUCCGUGGCCCGAGGAGAUGCAGAUCACGUCCGACAUGUGGUCACUCCCGUCUCCUGACCCGAUUGCCAAGAUGUUCGCGCUGCAGGUCUCGGGAGCCACUGGCCUGGCAUCCAGGCGCGUGCAGAAGAUUCUCAGCGGAUUGCGCACCUCGUCAAGUCAAUGGCGUGAGCUUGAAGUUCCAACGCAGGCAGGUGGCACCACCCGCCUGCACUUCUCUGGCGACAAGAACCCGAAGCAGAUCAAGACGGAGACCACGGGGCGCAAGUUCCGCACAAAGCUGCAGGAGAUCUACGGCCGUGAGCAGAGGAUAUUCGUUGACAGGGACCGAGGCUGGCUCUCGCUCGGCUGGGAUGCGCUGUGCAAGAUCGAGGUCUUCCCUGGCCGCGAGGAGACGAAGCUGUUCUGGAACCCUGGCACCAUCGCCAAGUACGGGAAAUCCAAGGCCGAGCUGCUGGAAGCAGUGCGGGAACUUCUUCAACCAGAUCGGGAACCUGAGUGGUGCCUUUAG